AAGUUAGUUGAAAGAAUAAUCUUGAAUGGUGAACGUACACGUACAAAAGUCUAAUUUAUCAAUGGGAAAACGUUGCUGGCCUGCCGCUGGGUGCUGGUUUUGAAGCUGAACCCCUUUUUGACUGGUCGUCUUCCGUCUAUCGGGAAACAGUGUGCCGACGCGUCAAACUGCGAGUGCGAGUGUUUUGUUUUUUGUGUGCUGUUUGUUGCGACGACGACGACGACGAACCCUCGCCUGUUUCGCCGCGUUUCGAUUGCGCCUACUUGGACGAAAGGAAAGCUAAUAAAUUCUAAUCUGUCAUCCCGAAAAAAAGAAAUAAACAGUAUCGACUACCGUCGUGAUCAUCAUCGUCGUGUGUACGUACGUGUGUGACACUUCCCGAUUUAUCGCAAGUGGAACGCCAUCUUGAAUCAUCCUGUUGCUAGCAGGGAUCGUAUGAUUAAUCGACAAUCGUUUGUCUUGGAAAAAUUUCAAUGACCAAAACCAUCUCGCUCGUUCGGUGACAUUUUGUGAUCCGGUGAUCCUCGCUCAGUCUCGGUGAGUGAGUGAGUGCGUGAUUGAUUGCGCGGUGAUUAGCGCCUGCUGUGAGACUCGCCGUCAACCGUGUGUCAGUUUUUCUUUUCUCUCGGUUUUGCUUUCGGCGUCCUUCGCGUAUAGUUUGGUGCGGCGAAGAAUCUCUCGAUCGGGCAAAAUAACAAUAAUGAACACAUGAAAUUGCUCAUUGUUAUUUUCAUAACGCGCAAUUAGCGGGUGGAAAAAAAGGAACCUCAAAAGCUGCCAAACGAAAAACGAAGUUAAUAGCUCCCAGAGUUUAACAACAGAAAAAAAACGGAAAAAUUCAAUGAGAGAAAAUGUUUUAGAAGUUGCCGCUCACCUAUCGUUUUCUAAAUAUCAAAUUAAACAAAUAGGCGCACGGGAAGCGAAUAUCGAGGAGGCGGAAAAAAAGAGUAACGAAGCAGUGCGAACGAAAGAGCAAAAACUGAACGCUUAAGAAAUAGUGUUUUAAGAUGACUCAUUUGAUUUAAUUGCACACGCUCUCUACCGAAGGCAAUUACCAUCACGUGAAUUUUGUGAAGAAACGAAAAAAAAAUAAACGCCGAGCAGAGAAAAAAGAUCUAUAUCGACAUUUGGAAAAUAGAGUAGAGGAAAAAAAGUAACAAGUGAUCUUCCGAUCCGUGCGAAUAGAUCCAGAUUCAGAGUGGUUCGGAAGCGUCGGAGUGAAGUUUCUGAUUUCUGAGUUGUUUUCCCCCGAAGCAGCCAAAACGUCGGAUCCCACGCGGAGGCUCGACCACACGACGUUCAGCAUGUUGACCGACAUGAGUCCGUCGGCAGCGGGACAGUUCUACGGGGCCCAGCUACCGGCCAUGGGUAUGAACAUCGCCAACAUCACCCACAUGCAGAAACCAUCAGACCAUCCCGGGCUGAGAGGUACACCGUUGGCAAUGCUGGCAGCACAGUGUAACAAACUAUCCAGUAAGUCACCGCCGCCACUAGCUGACGCCGCCGUCGGCAAAGGAUUUCAUCCGUGGAAGAAAAGUCCCAUCUCGUCGGGACCACACUCACCGAACAAUCAGAUCGGAGGUUCCCAGAUUGUCACCAGCAGCUCCGCAAGCAACGUGAUACAGUCCACCCAGAGGACACACUCGUCCUCGUCCGCUUCAUCAACGAGCCCGAUGUCGAACGUGACGACCAGUCGCCCAAUUACUUCAUCCUGUGCGGCGACCACAGCGCCGUCCUACGGCAGUGACUUGUAUUUCCCGGGAGCCACCACAUCGCCAGCUUGUGCCGAGAACCCGCACAUGCAGCACGGUAUACUGGGGAAGGUCGAGGGGACGGCUCUCGGGUCGGUGUACUCGCGACAUCCGUACGAUUGGCCGUUCAAUGCUGUCUCGGCAGCGACGGCCCACAAGACCGAUAACAUGAACUCCGGCUGGUGGGAUAUGCACGGAGCGGCUGGCACCUGGCUGGACAUGGGAAGUGCCGGUAUGCACGCCGCUACCAUGGCAAACUACGCGGCCAGUGCUGCUGUCAGUUCCGACUAUUCGACACUGACACACUCGCUGACGAAUACGGCUCAUCUGCUCGGUACCGGGCAGCAUCUGCUGCAGGAUACCUACAAGAGUAUGCUCCCGUCCCAAGGCGUCGGUAGCUUCGGUUUGCCGCAUGCACCGGCUUCACCGGCACCGCCAACACCGCAAGCUCCGUCUCCUCGCAGUCAGCGCCGCUAUUCGGGCCGUGCCACCUGCGACUGUCCAAACUGUCAGGAAGCGGAACGGCUUGGACCGGCCGGAGUUCAUCUACGCAAGAAGAACAUCCACAGCUGUCACAUUCCUGGCUGUGGCAAGGUUUACGGGAAAACAAGUCACCUGAAGGCUCACCUUCGAUGGCACACCGGCGAACGGCCGUUCGUCUGCAACUGGCUAUUCUGCGGUAAGCGCUUUACCCGAUCCGAUGAACUCCAGCGCCAUCUACGUACACAUACAGCAAAACACGUCAAAACGCACGGAGCGCCCUCCGGUGGCGGCGGCGGCGGUGGUGGCAACGGCAGCGGUGGCACUGGAACGGCCAAGAAAAACUCAUCCGACUCGUGCAGCGACUCCGAGGAGCACAACAACCAAACCGAUCUCCACCAACAGCAACAACAACAACAGCAAGCAUCAAGCGGUGGAGGCGGAGCACCCGGUGGCGGUGUCGGCGGUAGUCCCGGUGCAGCUAGCCAUGUUGGCGCUAUGCCACCAGGCCUAGCGGCAUCGAUGGGGGGUGGUCAUCCCGGUGCUCUGAGUCAUCCCUCGCAGCAGCAACCGGGCGCGGGAUCGCAUCAUCAUGCCCACACUCCCAGCCCGGGCUUGGAACACGUCAGCCAGCUCGAUGUGAAGCCGGGCAUUGUUUGAGGUAUGUUUGGGGCACCCUUCUUCAGCCACCACCACCAGGUGAUGGGGCCCUUCUAGCAUGGAUAAUCUCGUUUUCAACAAACAAAAAAAAUGGGGGCAUUUUUAGAUGGUACAAAACUUUCGGCUUGAAUAUUUCGAAAUUAAAGAUGGUGGUAAUUUGUUUUAAUUUUUGGGGGGGCUUACCAAGUGUGGCCGAGGGAUCUAACUAAUGCACCCACGCGGGAGGGGGUGCGGUAACGAUGACAACGGAUCAACAAUUUGUGAUGUUUCUAAGUGUAAAUAGUAAUAAAAUUCUGAUCAAUGGUUGCCCCGAUUCGAAGAGGGCGUUAAUCUUAUUAUCACAUAAAUGUGUCUAUUCGUAUAGUUAAUCUGUUAUGAACAAAUGAGAGGUAAAGAAGAAGAAUUGAAAAAAACCGCACAUUCACUUACGAACCACUGUUAAAUUAUUUUCUUUAGAAGCAACCAAUAAACUUAUUAGGUAUUAUAGUGCAUAGACAUGAAAGAGGGAGAAGCCAAUUUGACGAGGUCGUAAUCGUAAAAAUAAAAAUAAUUAGAGAUCAUAACAACAACAAAAAACUGUAUAAAUUAUUCAAUUUAUGGCGCCCGGCAUGGUUCACCUUGCCACUAGAUUGAACAUUCGUCUAAGUAAAUUGCUAUUUUAACCAUUCGUGGAAACAGUCGAAACACGGUGUAAAACUCUUUGGUACUCACAGACAACAACAACAACAAAAACUUAUCGUUAUAACUUACUGUAAAAUAAUUGUAACAUAUCAAAUAAGAACUAAUUGCACGGAAAGGGUACAUAACGAGGAACGCUCGCACCGACACACACACACGCCCAUACACGAUCGUCAAAUAGGACGAUGAGGGCGUUGUUGUUCGUUUCUUUUUUGUGCGGUGCCCCCUCUCCCAAACCCCCUAUAAUGAUUGAGUAUAUUGUAAUAAUAAAAAGCACGACCGACACACCAGUAAUUAUGACACGAGAGAUGCGCGCAGAUUUUCCAGAUAGGAUGGCAACGCUUGACUAGGUACUUUACCGUGAUGUUAGGAAUGAACUUGAGGGCAAGUAGGCUGUGGAUUUUUGAAAAAAAAAAUCUUCGAUCAAGUUUCUAAGCCCACUGCAACAGUGAAUUGUCAAACAAGUGAGGUAACUUUAGCUAAAGAAGGAACUGAACUGAAAAAGGGCCGAAAAUCGAUGGCAUUAUUGACGUGAGCGAAGGAACUGAAAAAAAACAGGGUAGAGCCAAACCUGCGCAUGCAUGGAUGCGGUGAAUUGAAUUUUCAUCCGAGAAAGGCAUUUUGUUGAUAGUAACUAAAUAUAUUGCAAACUUAUGUGAGAAGCGAACAAGUAAAACCCUAAAUUUAUUGAAUAUUUUAACUAUUUUGGAAUAAGUAAAAACAGAGAAUAAAAAUAUUAAAAUCGAAUU